AUGGAGUCGAACGCCAGCUUCUUUCUGACGUGGCGCGAUCCGGAUGACAGGUUCCUGUGUAGAGGCGAACGCAUCGGAUCGGGCGCGACCAAGUGCGUGUACAGGGCGUUCGACCGUCGCGAGGGGCGAGAGGUCGCAUGGUGUAGGGCCGCUCUGUCCGGGAUGGAGCAGGGGAAGCACGGCAGCAUCGUCAGGGAGGUCGCCCUGAUGCGAACCUUGGAUCACCCACGCAUAGUGCGGCUCGUGGCGAGCUGGACCGACGUACGCUCGGAAGAGAUCGUGUUCGUGACGGACCUGUACGGCGGCUCCGUCGAUGCCUACCUUCGCAAGCACGGGAAGCAAUGCUUGUCGGUGGUGAGGAAGUGGGCGCGGCAGCUCUGCGAGGGUCUGGUGUACCUCCACGAGGAGUUGCCGUCCCCCGUCGCGCACCGGGACCUCAAGGCGGCCAACGUGUUCGUCAACAACUACACCGGCGAUAUCGCCCUGGGGGACCUCGGCUUCGCGACCGUCACGAGCAAGUACAGAUCCAACGCGUCCAUACUGGGGACCGCGGAGUUCAUGGCGCCGGAGGUGCUGCGGGGCGCUUACGGGCACAAGGCCGACAUAUACGCCCUGGGUAUGACGAUCCUCCAGAUAGCGACCCUGAAGAGGCCGUUCGGAAAGUUCAAGAACAUCAGCGAGCUGUACUUCGAGGUGCUGAACGGGGCGCGGCCGGAGGAGCUGGAGCUCGUCAAGAACCGCAACCUCAGAGCCCUGAUAGAGGCCUGCAUCUGCAGGGAAGAGACCUGA